AGUUGCAACAUUUCAAAAUCCAUGUCUCGUAAUUUUAACCUCAAUUUUGAAUUGAAAUAGCCAAUAUUGUCCGGUUUCAUUUGUUAUUUGUUUAUAAAUAUAAAUAUUAUUUGUGUUAAAGUGAUUCAUAAUUGCUUAUUUCUUUCUUUAGUAAAUCAAAUCUUUGAAAUGGCGGCUAUACCUGAGAUGAGCGAAGCUGAUCAAAUCAAAACUUUCAAAGAUUUUUUGGUCCAGUAUAACAAACUGUCCGAGCUCUGUUUCAACGACUGCAUACAUGAUUUCACCUCCAGGACACUCAAACCUUCUGAGGAUAAGUGUACGGUGAACUGUAUGGAGAAAUAUUUGAGAACAAAUCAAAGGGUGUCCCAAAGAUUCCACGAGUUCCAAAUGCUUGCAAAUGAAAAUAUGAUGGCCUUGGCUCAAAAAUCUGGUCAAUAAAGCAAGUUAAGUUUAGGUAUUAAAAUACAUGAUGUAUUUAUUUUAUUUUGUUAUAGAUUUUUGUCCUGAGUGUUAGAAAAAUAAAGUGUUGUUAAACAGA